UAUCAAGAAUAGAUUCAUUUUCUGAAUAGUUAAACCUCAAAUGACCACAGCCUUGGCCCUUCAGACUCCAGAGAUGCAGGAGGGACUUAUAGCAGUGAAGGUAAAAGAGAAGAGGGGAGACCAUGCUUAUGGGCAAGAAUCUGGCCUGUCAAGAGAUAACCCUCACACCAGAGAGAUCUUUCGUAGACGCUUCAGGCAAUUCUGCUACCAGGAGACACCUGGGCCCCGACGAGGCCUUCGAAGACUCCGGGAACUCUGCCAUCAGUGGCUGAGACCAGAGAUGCACACCAAGGAGCAGACUGAGCUGCUGGUGCUGGAGCAGUUCCUGACCAUCCUGACCGAGGAGCUCCAGGCCUGGAUGAGAAAGCACCGCCCAGUGAGUGGAGAGGAGGCGGUAACUGUGCUGGAGGAUUUGGAGAGAGAGCUGGAUGAACCAGGAGAGCAGGUCCAUGAUCAUGAACAGGAAGAACUUGUGAAGGAGAAAGCAAUUCUAGGAGCAGCCCAGGAGUCGUCUGGUGGCCAGCUCCCAACCUUGGAAGAGCAGCCUCAGUGGACCUUGCAAGGCAUGUGCCCGGUUCAGGAGAUUGAUGAUGAGGCUGUGACUUGGAAUGUGGAGUUAGCCCCCCAGAGGAGGGAUCUGUCUAAAGAAACGAAAUCUCAUGUGGAAGUACCUGAAAAAUUGAAUGGUAAUAUCAUUCCAGUGCAUGAGUGUGGAGAGACCUGUGACCACGAAGGCAGAUGGGAAAGGCAACGGGUAAGCUCUUCAGUGGAGAGACCCUAUAUCUGUGGUGAAUGUGGGAAAAGCUUCACCCAGAAUUCCAUCCUCAUCGAGCACCAGAGAACACACACGGGCGAGAAGCCCUAUGAGUGGUGAUGAAUGUGGGGGCGGGCCUUCAGCCAGCGGUCAGGCCUCUUCCAGCACCAGAGGCUCCACACUGGCGAGAAGCGCUACCAGUGCAGCGUUUGUGGUAAAGCCUUCAGCAGACACGCUGGGCUUUUCCAUCACCUCAGGAUCCACACGGGGGAGAAACCUUACCAGUGCAGUCAGUGCAGUAAGAGCUUUAGUCGACGUUCUGUCUCAUUAAGCAUCAAGAGAAUUCACUCUGGAGAAAGACCUUAUGAAUGUGAGGAAUGUGGCAAGAACUUCGUUACCCGCUGCAACCUUGUCCAGCAUCGGAAAGUCCACCCUGUGGCCUGA